GAUACCUGCUGAUCGCGCAGUGAUUUUUUUCCUUCAAUACAUAUUAUUCAUGGAUUGAAGAAAUCAAAAUGGCUGAAGAGACAAAGCAUGGAGGACACAAGAAUGGGAAGAAAGGAGGACUUUCUGGAAGUUCGUUUUUCACAUGGUUUAUGGUCAUUGCAUUGCUGGGAGUUUGGACAUCAGUAGCUGUCGUCUGGUUUGAUCUUGUUGAUUAUGAGGAAGUUUUAGGAAAACUGGGAAUCUAUGAUGCUGAUGGUGAUGGAGAUUUUGAUGUGGAUGAUGCCAAAGUUUUAUUAGGCCUUAAAGAAAGAUCUGCUUCAAAGCCAACAGUCCCGCCAGAAGAGGCUGAGCCAUACCCGUGGCUGGAGGAUCAGAUUCUCGAGGGGCCAGGACCUCAGAAUAUUGAAGAUGAAGUACAAGAACAAGUUCAUUCCGUUCUCCAUGAAACGGUAUACACAGAACCUGGAGAAGACCUGCAGCAUGAGGAGGGUGAGCCAGCAAGAGAGCUGCCACCAGACGAUGAUGAUUUCCUUAUGGGAGGUAACGCAGAUGAUAGAUUUGAGGCCCUGGAAACUGGAACAGUUCAUGAAGAAACUGAAGACAGUAACCAUGUAGAAGAGACAGCUUCACCAGCCUAUAAUCAGGAUAUGGAAGAGAUGAUAUAUGAACAGGAAAAUCCAGAUUCCAUUGAACCAGCAGUAGACCAUGAAAGAAUGUUCCAUGAUGCAGAUGAUGUAACACACCAAGACUAUGACGAACAAGGUUUGAAAAUGCUUCUUACCCUUAAGCCCCCUGUUUUAUACGAGCCAUCGGAAAACGAAGGGAUAGAAAGUUCAGAUACUGCUGUAGAAGAUUCAAACAUAAUUUUAGAAGAAGUACGUGCGCCCCCUGUAGAAGAACAACAGGAGAUACCACCAGAAACAAAUAGAAAAACAGAUGAUCCAGAGCAAAAAGGAAAAGUUAAGAAAAAGAAGCCUAAACUAUUAAAUAAAUUUGAUAAGACUAUUAAAGCUGAACUUGAUGCUGCAGAAAAACUCCGUAAAAGGGGAAAAAUUGAAGAAGCAGCGAAUGCGUUUGAAGAACUAGUUCGCAAAUACCCUCAGAGUCCGCGGGCGAGAUAUGGGAAGGCACAGUGUGAAGACGAUUUGGCUGAGAAGAGGAGGAGCAAUGAGGUGCUGCGGGGCGCCAUUGAGACCUACCAGGAGGUGGCCAGCCUGCCCGACGUCCCCGCAGACCUGGUGAAGCUGAGUUUGAAGCGACGGUCAGAAAGACAGCAGUUUCUAGGUCACAUGAGAGGUUCCCUGCUAACUCUACAGAAAUUAGUUCAACUAUUUCCUGAUGACACUUCCUUAAAGAAUGACCUUGGAGUGGGGUACCUCUUGAUUGGAGAUAAUGACAAUGCCAAGAAGGUUUAUGAAGAGAUUCUGAAUGUGACACCUAAUGACGGCUUUGCUAAAGUGCAUUACGGCUUUAUCCUGAAGGCGCGGAACAAGAUUGCUGAGAGCAUUCCCUAUUUAAAGGAAGGAAUAGAAUCUGGGGAUCCUGGCACUGAUGACGGGCGAUUUUAUUUCCACCUGGGGGAUGCCAUGCAGAGGGUUGGGAACAAAGAGGCAUAUAAGUGGUACGAGCUCGGGCACAAGAGGGGACAUUUUGCGUCUGUUUGGCAGCGCUCACUGUACAACGUGCAUGGACUGAAGGCCCAGCCGUGGUGGACCCCAAAGGAGACGGGCUACACCGAAUUAGUGAAGUCCUUAGAGAGAAACUGGAAGUUAAUCCGCGAUGAAGGCCUUGCCGUGAUGGAUAAAGCUAAAGGCCUCUUCCUGCCUGAAGAUGAAAACCUGAGGGAGAAGGGCGACUGGAGCCAGUUUACACUGUGGCAGCAAGGAAGAAAAAAUGAAAAUGCCUGUAAAGGAGCUCCUAAAACGUGUUCUUUACUAGAUAAAUUCCCCGAGACAACAGGAUGCAGAAGAGGACAGAUCAAAUAUUCUGUCAUGCACCCAGGAACUCACGUGUGGCCGCACACGGGGCCCACAAACUGCAGGCUCCGAAUGCACCUGGGCUUGGUGAUUCCCGAGGAAGGCUGCAGGAUCCGAUGCGCCAAUGAGACCAAGACGUGGGAAGAAGGCAAGGUGCUCAUCUUUGACGACUCCUUUGAGCACGAGGUCUGGCAGGACGCCACGUCUUUCCGGCUGAUAUUCAUCGUGGACGUGUGGCACCCAGAGCUGACGCCCCAGCAGAGACGCAGCCUACCUGCAAUUUAGCAUGUCUGCUGGCUCAAGACACACUGGAGUGAGGCUGCCUUUCUAGAUCUAUCUCCUUGGGUGUGGGGAUGGAAGUUUGAACACCAAGGCCCUUAAUUCCUUGGACUUGCAGCCUGAAAAAUUCUAAACCUCUUCCUAGGGUUAGAAGACACUAAAGGGAAUAUUUGCCUUGCUGCAAUUCAUUUAGAAAAUACGCUGCUGUAUUUUGUCCCAUGACUACACCCAUCUGAUGCCUGUAUUUCAGGUCAAUACAGGAUAGCUUCUGCCUGGCCAGCCAAAGAGUUUUUUCCACUUAGAAUAGGCCUGAAUGAGUGUACAAUGAGAAUAUAUGUAGAAACUGUGAAUGGAUUGCUUUACUUUAUAAUUUUUCUAUAUAGUUAUAUUUUUCUAGGGUAGCUAGAUGAUUUUGUCAUCGCAUACCACUACUUUUUUGUUGAUCUUAGCGGUAAGCUGUAUAAAUGCUUUACUUCUGGCUGUUUAAUGGUAACUUUCCUGGUGAACUCAUAUUCCUUCUUUCAAUUACUUUUAGUAAAAGACACUCAUAUGAAAAAAGAAGUUUUAUUUUCCUAAUGCAAAGGAGAAAGAUAUAAUUAUGCAAAUAUCUGUGAACUGUACUGGUCCCUAUCCAGUGAGUCUAUUUGCUUUUUUAUCUUCAUUAAGAGCCCAUGUCUUAAUUUCUUUCCUCACUACGUGAAUGGGAGAGCUAUCAAAAUCAUAUUUCUUUCUAAGAGGAACUUUUAACACUGAAAAAGGACAUGGAAUCAUUUUAUAUUGAGUUAUAAAAAUGCCAC